AUGGCAGAUUGUCAGCAACAGAUGGCAGUUUAUAAACCAACAAUCACAGUUACAUCGAUCGAGGGAGGCUUGCAGGAAGGGAAGAGUGUUAUCAUAAUUGGACGGAUUUUGCCAGAUUCUAACAGAUUACAUGUGAACCUUCAGUGUGGUUCUGAUCCGGAGGCUGAUGUUGCUCUGCACAUAAACCCACACUAUAAGGAUGGCAGUGAACAUAUAGUGUACAACACCUACCAGAACAGAAGCUGGGGCUCCGGACAAUCCACACCUGACUCUCCUUUCGUCAAAGACAAACUGUUCGCCAUCGAGAUCCUUGUCACCAAGGAGGCAUACAAGAUAAGUGCUAAUGGGAAACACUUAAUAAACUACAAACACCGUAUUCCAGUCACUCAAGUGAACACCAUCUCAGUGGACCAAGACAACAAGCUGGAGUUCAUUGCUUACCAGAAAUCUGUGGUGGUCCCAUACAAAACCCUGAUCAAAGGUGGGCUACAGGCUGGCAAUGCGAUUCUCAUUUAUGGAGUUCCUAAUACUGACUCUAAAAGGGUAGAGUUUAAUCUGCGCCACAGGAACGGGAUUGCAUUUCACUAUCUAUCCCUUUUUGAUGAGAAUGUGGUUGUCCGCAAUACCUCUGAGAAUGGGAUAUGGGGGGCAGAAGAAAGGAGUAGAGAUGUGCCUUUUAUAAAAGGUCAGCUAUUUCAGGUCAAAAUCUCCUGCAGUGCAGAGCAGUACGAAGUGUCAGUGAAUGGUCAGCAAGCACACACUUACAAGCAUCGCUUUACUAAACUGGAGGACAUCGAUGUCUUUGAAGUUUAUGGACAGCUAAAGUUGAUUUUUGUGCAUGUCUAACAAGG